GCUUUGGUCUGGUAUAUAAACUUAGCACGCAGUCUUUCGGGUUUUCAUUGUCAGUGAUCUGACCCUGGAUGGCAAGAUGGGUGCCUCAAGCAUUCAGAUGCUGGCGGUGCUGUUGGUUUGUGUGGCCAGUACAAAGCAAAGUGAUGGAUCAUAUGCACUGAAAAUGUGGAGCGAGGGAGACCAGGCUCUUCGAGAGCAAUUCACUUUAAUGUAUAAAGAGAUAGAGGGCCUGAGGCAUGAUCAAAGUUUGAUGAAACAGAAACAAGAAGAAAUGACACAGGUGGUCAUGCAUUGUACACAAAUGCAAACAUACACAGAUAAGGAGGUGAAUACAACUUCUCUGGGUAAAGACAGUACCUCUAUGCUGUACUCCUCUCCCCAAGAGGAGGAGGAUGAUGACAGUGAUGAAGGCCAUGACCCCUGUAAGAACUACAAGUCGCUCAACCAGGACUGGAGAGCCACCAACUACACCACCAAGAGUGUUUCCUGUGAUCGAAAUGUGCGGUGGAAUGGCUGGUACCGCAUGUUCUACAGGGGAAAAAGCAUCCAAAUGCCUGAGCUAUGCGUGAAGAGGGAACGUUGUGGUACACACGCCCCGCUGUGGUUAGUAGGGGGCCACCCACGCAAGCGUGAUGGCAUUGUCACACGCAAAGUGUGCGGCCAUUGGAACAAUAACUGCUGCGCCUUCAAAUCUCCUCCCAUUCAAGUGAAAGCAUGCCGGGGCAAUUACUAUGUCUACAAGUUUGUCCAGCCACCAACCUGUCAUCUGGCCUACUGUGCAGAUGUAAACACUCUUGUUUGUGGGAGAUGUAGGAACAAUGAAAUUUGUACCAGCAGAGACAAGAUCACCUGGUUUUGUAAGAAAACUAAAAGAAGAGUGAAAGCCAAAGUGCACUUCUUCGCUGCCUACCCUGGCUCACUGUCUGGUAAAGUGAACCACAUCCAGUACAAAAAGGUGUAUGUGAAUGUGGGCAGGGCCUUUAACAGUGGCACAGGUGUGUUCACAGCUCCAGUCGCGGGAGUCUAUCAGUUCUUCUUUUCCACUCAGGCUGCAAGUUCCGGGCAAAAGACUGAUCUGUGGCUUGUCGUGAAUGGUUAUUGGAUUGCUGUGUCUCGUACUCAUGUCAGUGCCUCAAACACAGUAGGAAACCUUUCAACAUACAUGACUACUCUGCGCAAAGGUGGUAAAGUGUAUGUGACCCAUAACUGUGGCAAGUCCUGGGCUAACUCUGCAUCCAACACCAUUGUUUUUGGAGGUUCACUUCUUUAUGUACAACAAAGAGAUUUAGCUAACACCUGAACAUGUUCAUACAGUGUAUAUAUAUAUAUAUAUAUAUAUAUAUAUAUAUAUAUAUAUAUAUAUAUAAUUAUUAUUAUUAUUAAUAAGGCCUCAAUUUACAAAAUGUUAGAUCUUUUCAGUCUUUGUUAUCUAUAUGGGGCCUAGGAAAUUAUGUGUAAUUUAAAUCAAGCCAGAUUGAUGUGCGUGUGUGUGUGUGUGUGUGUGUGCGCAUGUGUUUACAUGCUUUUUUAAAACCUGCAAAAACUUGUUUAAAUAUUGUUCUGCUUUGUUUUAUUUUUGCCCAUUUCUCAUCCAUAUUAAUGAUUAUUUUCUCCUGUGACAUUCAAGGCUAAAAAGAAAUAAUAAAAAAAACCUGGCUUUUUUCUAUUUUUUCCCUGACUUAUAUGCCUAAUACUGUACUGUGUGUAGUAGACUAGAUUGAUUGUAUGAUUGUGAUUCCCUGUUAUGAACAUAGUGGGGCAGUAAAGUUACUUCUGUGUGUAACAGUCUGAACAUACUGUACAAGAUGGCCCAUGAACAACAGGUAACACACACACACACACCUAUCAAGAAGCCUUUCUUUCUAGUAAUCUUCUUGUAUCUCGUGUCUAAAAUUCUCUCUAACAUUCUUGCUUAAGGGAUUACGCAGGUAGUGCCAAACUCCACCUAGUGAAUGACCUUUGCACUUCCCUAUCAGAUAGAAAUGUUUUGAAGGACAACUAGAACACACUCUGUACAUUAUUCAACAAAUGACAUCAUGAGUGCCUUACAUUGUUAAAAUUCUGUGAUUAUUUUGGUGAUUCAUCUAUAAAACCAGUGCCCCAGA